AUGUCUUCUUGCUAUUUCCCCUUCACUCUCCAAAGAAAGAUGGAGUUCAACACCCAAAACUCUCACAACUCUGAGAUAAGAUGGAGCUCAGAUGAUCAAGGUGGUCCUGGACAAGUGAAAUCUUAUUCUUGUUCCUUUUGCAGGAGAGGGUUCUCUAAUGCACAGGCUCUAGGAGGCCACAUGAACAUCCACAGAAGAGAUAGGGCCAAGCUCAAGCAAUCUUCUGAAGAAAGCUUGCUUUCGUUGGACAUCUCUACCAAGACAACAACUGAUCACAAUAAUUACCCUUCUGAUUUGGAAGAGAAAGUUUUGUUUCGGUUGGAUUCUGGAGAAGAUCAGAAGCAUGCUAGAAAUUAUAAAAUGCCAUUCAAUUUCCCUCACAAAGAUGAUCAUGAUCAUGCACCCCAAAGGGGCAUGUUGACUGGUACAGCAGAAAUUCCUCAGCUUCCUUCUUUUGUUUCGGGGCAGCGAAUUGAGGAGAAGAAAGCUGAUUUAGACCUUGAACUUAGGUUAGGCCUUCAUCCCCAGGAGUCGGCAACAUUGAACACUAGAUCGUUCUUUUGA